AGGCCCACAUAUUUCAGUUUUCCAGAGUUUCUAAUCCGUAAGAUGGCGCCUGUGAUUCUGCUGUUGGCCUUCUGUUGCACACUGCUACUGUAUUUGUAUAGUAUCUGCAAGCAGCGGCCAGCGAACUUCCCGCCAGGUCCGCCCCGCCUGCCUGUGUGGGGGAGUUACUGGCUGUUGCUGCUGAAAAACUUCAAGUUCCUUCACAUCGGGUUUCAUAAGCUGGCCCAGAAGUACAACACCAAGAUCCUGGGUCUAUACCUUGGUUCCUUCCCGGCCGUAGUGGUCAACGACUACAAGAAUAUCAGGGAGGUGCUCACUAGACCUGAGUUCCAGGGCAGGGUCAAGUUAUUCAUCCUCAAUUUGCGAACAUACAAUAAAAACCUGGGGAUUACUCUGGCGGAUGACGGGAUGUGGGAGAACCAGCGACGUUUCUCAUUAAGACAUAUGCGGGACUUCGGAUUUGGAAGGAGAUUCGCUGAACUGGAAGAUAUCGGGAAGGAGGAAAUACAAGAUAUGCUGGACCUUCUCAAUGGACGACGGGAGGACAAGGAGGUUUUCUCAGACGGUCUCGCUCUGGCACCCGGCCUCUUCUACCCAGUGUUUUUCAAUGCCUUGUGGUUCAUUAUAUCCGGACAUCGCUUUCCUAUCAAUGAACAUCAGAACUUGCGAUAUUUCACUAGACAAGCUCUUCGCUUCGUGAGGUCUAUCGACGUGACAGGAAGUGCUGUAGUACAGACGCCCUGGAUAAGGCAUGUGAUGCCAUAUUACUGUGGGUUCACAGAUCUCAUGGAAGGAACUUCGAACAUUCUCAAGUACAUCAAGGAAGCAGUGACGGAGCACAAGGCGACGUAUUCCGAAGAGCAUAUGCGGGACUUCAUUGAUGUCUAUCUCAAGGAGAUGAGCACACAGAAGACUCAAGAAGCAUCAUUUUUCUCUGAGGAGCAGCUGCAUGUGGUGUGUAUGGAUUUCUUGAUCCCUGCAAUCAUCGUCACGACAUCAAUUCUCAGCUUUUCCAUAGCGUUCCUGCUCAAUUAUCCUGCGGUGCAGACCAAGAUGCAGCAAGAGCUAGAUACCGAAGUCGGACGAGACCGCUUGCCCUCCCUGGAUGACAGGGCGAGGUUGCCAUAUAACGAGGCGUUCUUGAGAGAAGUGAUGCGCAAAGUGAGUAUAGUUCCAAUGGCUGUGGGUCACAGAGCUACUGAAGACACUCAGCUCAGUGGCUACAACAUCCCCAAGGACACAUCGGUGUUCGUGAACCUGUGGAGUUUCCACGGUGACAUCGACUUCUGGGGCGACCCCGAGAAAUUCCGCCCCGAGAGGUUCUUGGACGAGAAGGGAGAACUGCUCAAGGACUUUUCCUUGCCAUUCGGAGCAGGCAAGCGCCUGUGUGCCGGUGAGACUUUCUCUCGACACUUCAUAUUCUUGGUACUGUCGGCACUGCUGCAGAACUUCACCGUGAAGGCUGCCCCUGGAGAAGCGCUGCCCUCCGCGGAUGCCGACUUUCCGGGUCUCGUUCUCACCAAGAAGGAUAUGUGGGUCCGGUUCGAGCCAAGGUCAUAAAACUGCAUCAUCCAACUUUAAGAAAGAAGAGUACAGCACAACUCAAUAUUCCCGAGGCGUAGAUAACUGGAAACCCUUGCGAAUGUGAGAUACACUGACACUGAUCUUUCGAGCUACCUAGGAAUUAAGUGGAAGCCAUUAACAUUUUUUACUUACUUACUUACUUACCUCCCCUUCUUGAGAAGAAGCCAAAUCUGCAGCUACUCAAGAAUUUCAC